ACAAAAACCGGCAAAAUUGUGCAGAAAUUUGCGAAAGUAAAACUUAAGUUUUUCGAUGGAAGAAAUGUGAAAAACAAUGCGCGGCGUUCGGAAGUGUGUUCACUGUGGUGCCAUCAAUGGAAAUCGGGCGCAGAUGUGCCGGAAUUCCGAGUGCCCGCAGCGCAGGAAUGUGCUGGAUGCCGUGCAGUUGGUUUCCCUGCGGCCAGGCUCUACUGUUUACUCCUUGAGGACUAAGGAAAAGGAGCAACAGCCGCGAAAUUUUGUGGUCAUACAGGAUGUAACUCUGUCCCUGCAACCGGAUGCUGCGGUGGUGUCCAGUAAGGCCCAGUGCUACGUGGAGUCUUGCAAGAAAAGUGGAGAGGAAUCCGUAGAUUGCGUCCAUGUUAAGGCUUGUAGGGAAUCCGGGGCGGAACUGCCGAAGGCCCAAGUUUAUCGAGUGUCCCGCGAGGUCCUGUGGAACUUGAAUAUAAACCAGGAGCAAAAGCAGCAUCUCUGGCAUCUGUACAAGUUUGCAGAGGAAGAGGAGCAUCUUCCAGGAGUUCAGAGACUGAAUCACUCCACAUUUGCUGUGAAAUGCGAACGCUCCGAAUCCUUUCCAGCUGCCAGGCUACAUGUCACCGUUUUGGCCAACGGCUUGAACAAAAAGAAGGGAAUCUACGCCUGUGCCUGCCGGAAACUAAAGAUCAUAGUGGAGCCAGAUAACUCCCUGGUGAUGCAGGACGAGAUCUGCGACCAUCUGCUGCUGGUUCUGGCGGGAAUACUCAGUUCCCCGCAGGGAAAACGGGUUUACGGUCACUUUACCAGUGGCUUGCAGAGCUUUUGGAUGCCCUCUCAGCUGGAAACUCCAUUGGGAGAAGUCGCCACCGAAGAUUUGAGGCUAAGUUUGAGCAUGGUGGAUGACUUUGAUCCACAGGUGGACAUUCUUGUCUUCGGGGAUCAGCUAGAUCUUCCCUUACCCGAUCUGACUGACGGUGUCUUUAACCUGGACAACAUGCAGGCAGCAACUUCUAGUCACAACACCUCAAAUACCAACGAUGCCUUGAUCCACUAUGCCAAUGACUCGCAGCUCUUGUCCAAUUGCGAUGUCUACGCCGAGCCCAUAGAGUUAACCGAUUGCAACAUUGAGCUAAUGGAUCAGUUUCAGCCCACUGAUCAGCUGGAUAUAUGCAGUGAGGAUAUAGAACUGCCGCUGAUCACUGAACCCUAUAACAUACUAGCUGCUCCGCCUAUUUUUACCGAGACCACGCCUUCUGUGGUCACCGAACAACUGCCCAUUGAAUUGGCCACCAUAUCAGUGGUUAAAAAGACUCCGGUUAAGUUUUCAGAAAUUGUGACUGAAGUGAAGUCCGUAAGGCAGCCACCACUGCCAGCUAGAAGGGAUUUGAUAGUGAAUAAUGCAGCCACGGCAGCUUCAGUAUGUCUAGAUCCUUCGGUUCAACCGGCAUUGUCCUACCUAGCAUGGCUGGAUCAUGUGAUAGAGCUCCUAAACGACGCCUUUGAGCCAUUAGAAACUCCUGGUGCUGGGCUUACAAAGCGCUUAGUUCAACACAACUUCCAUGUGCACAAGGACACCUUCUCGCACUUCUGCAAAAGCUUCAGCACUGGCAUCAAACGACGACCCUUAGAUAAGUUGACUGUGAUAGAAUCGGGCAAAUACAAAGGCCUCAAAAAGUACACUUGGCAUUUCGCUAGUUUACACACCGUGAAGCGCAUCUUCAGUACCCCAAAUAUUGGGCUACAGUUGGAAUGCUCCUUCCAGCGGCAUGCAGAAGGCCAUUUUGUACCUUAUGUUCGUCCACCUGUGGAGCCACAUGUCCCGGGACAGCCCAAAAAGCGAGUAGUCUACCCCAGACUCCGGCUUUAUAUGACAAAGAUUGUUUUCGAAACGGCUCCGAAGGAUCAUUCUGGCAAUGGAGUCCUCUUGACCUGGACCCCGGAUGUUUUGCCCCGCAGCCACUUCGGGCUGAUGCACGUGGAGUUCACCUUAGAAACUCAAUCGCCCAGCUAAGAUGAAGCAUUUGUUACCACUGCCGGUGUCAGUAUGAGAAAUUUACAAGCCUUUCUAGCGUACUAUAUAAGUAGUCUUAGUCUACGUCGGGUUAGUGCCUAAGAAACAUAAUCUCACAAAAAUUGGUCAUUAGUUGGUUAAUAUGUAGAGCCGCCUAUUUGGUAUCAGCUAACAAAUGAUUGGAUUGGAUUGAAAUGCUCUCGCUUUGAUACGAUCAAGAUUGAAGGGUGCUCCCACCAGAAGCCUACUAUCUACCGUCUACUAUAUCAUCCUCAAGUAGUCUGACUACAUUCGAUUGUGGGUGGACACGGGAUAAAUCUAAGAGGAAACUGAAGGACCUUUGACAUUCGUUCAUUUACAUAAUCAGUAUACAUGCUUAUUUAAGUUAAAGUGUACAAAAAACCAGUCUUUAAAACAUGUUUGUUUAUCGUUUCUUCCUCUUCUGCCUCUUUCUCUUCACAUUUUACAUAUAAAAUGUAAAAAUAUUCACUAAAUUACUUGCUUUCUACUUGCCUUGUGUGUGUUUGUUCUUGUAAGAGAUAUAUCUGACUAAAUGUGGACAAUUCCGUAUAUCCAUCCUUAGCUAACUUACACACAGGCCCUGGCUAUGGCAAUUCAGAGUGCUAACUUUACUUUUAUAUUUAUUUUUAUCCACAUUCGAGGCUAAUUUUAAGAACUGUACAGAUUAAUAUUACGCUGUUUUUCGGGUUAUAUCAAAUGUGGUAACGCCCUGUGCAUCGAUAAGAGAAAAACGAAACUUAAA